CUGAAACAUGAAGCUUAAACUCCCUAGUAAACUUCUUGCACAAAAGGAUACAAUAAUGUACAAUAAUUAUUAUGGGUUAGUAAUUUUAGCUCUACUGUCUGUAUUUUAACCAGCAUGUCCAGGCAUGGAAUCUGGCCAACUAGCGUGUUUUGGUAACGGACAAUGCUAUGAUUCAGUUGCUGGAAAUGGGACAUGUCAAUGCAAUGUAAGUUUAUGCUUGAGAAGAUUUUACAGUGAUGACACAACACCAUGAACAUUGCCAUCACUAUCAUCACAAAGACAAGACAAGACAAGACAAGACAAUUUAUUUGAACCCACUUUUUACAUUGGUUUUAUAUCAUCAUCAUCAAGUGAACACAAUACUACCAUCGUGAACAUUAUAAUUAUCAACAUCAUCAUCAAUAUCAUCAUCAAUAUCAUCAUCAAUAUCAUUAUCAACAUCAUUAUCAACAUUAUCAUCAUAAACAACAUUAUCAUCAUCAACAUCAUCAUCAUCAAUAUCACAAUCAAGAUCAUCAUCAAUAUUUUCAUCAUUUAUUAACACCAUUAUCAUCACCAUCAUCAUCAACCCCAUAAUAAACGUCAUCAUUCAUCAUUACUAUCAUUGGCAUUACCAUCAUCACCAUCAUUAACACUAUCAGCAACAUCAUCACCAUCAUCGUUAACACCAUAAUCAACACCAUCGUCAUUGACACUGUCAUCGUUAUCAUACCAUCAUAAAACAUAAUCACCAUCAUCAUCAUUAACACUGUAAUCAACACCAUAUCAUCAUUGACACUAUUGAUCAUCAACAUCACACCAUCAUAAAAACAUAAUCAAUACCAUCAUCAUCAUUAACACCAUAAUCAACACCAUCAUCAUUGACACUGUCAUCAACAUCAUACCAUCAUAAAACAUAAUCACCACCAUCAUCAUUAACACUGUAAUCAACACCAUAUCAUCAUUGACACUAUUGAUCAUCAACAUCACACCAUCAUAAAAACAUAAUCAACACCAUCAUCAUCAUUAACACCAUAAUCAACACCAUCAUCAUUGACACUGUCAUCAACAUCAUACCAUCAUAAAACAUAAUCACCAUCAUCAUCAUUAACACUGUAAUCAACACCAUCAUCAUUGACACUAUUGAUCAUCAACAUCACACCAUCAUAAAAACAUAAUCAACACCAUCAUCAUCAUUAACACCAUAAUCAACAUCUUUAUUAACACUACCUGUAUCAUUAACAUCAUCAAUUUCCAACAUACAGUAGUUACCAUACAAUUUUAAAAUAUUCUUGUAUUCAAUUGUAAAUUUAGGCAGGUUUUGAGGGGUUUGCUUGUGAGCUAUGUACUAAUAAAUCAAAAUUUGAUGUCAAGUGUGGCAAAGGUAAAUAAAAUAUACAGUAUGAUCAUUUAAGGAUUCAAUGAAACAUGGAAAACCAUUGCAGGCAGUAUUCUGCAAUAAGCUGCUGUGGUUUGAAUCUAUUAAGCAGUAAUCUCCUGGGGCCGGUUGUUCAAAGGUGGGUUAGCGCUAACUCUGGGUUAAAAUUUAACCUGCUGUUUUAGUUUAUAUAUCUCUGCACGUCUGUUUAUUUCAAAACUUCAGAGAAGUAAUCUCCUAUCGAUCCAGACAAGACUCCUAUCGAUCCAAAUUUAUAGACAAGCUGUCAGGAAGUUUGCUUUGAAUUUUAGGUUAACCUUGUGUUAAGCUAACCCAGCUUUGAACAACCGGCCCUUGUUAUUAUUUUAUUAUUACCAGUACGUUUCAAUUUCUAGAUUGUACAUGCAAACAUGGCGUUUGUGACAGCGGCGUUUUGGGAGUUGGUACAUGCACACCUUUCAGUUGUAAACGAGGUUAUCAUGGGAAAAAUUGUAGCAAAUGUAAGAUUCAAGUCUGGUUUCCAUAUGGUCGUAACGGUCGUAAAGAUUAAGUCACGAUCUUUCUCAUCGGCGGAAGGACAACAUUUUAGAACUGAAAAUACGCGGAGUGAUUAUAACUAGAGAAUACUUAUGAUUUAUAUGUGGUUUACAGGUAUAAACUAUUAUAAACUGGCCGUUGAGAAAGAUCGUGACUCUAUUUUUACGAACAUUACGACAAUAUGGGAACCAGGUUUUAGUGUCGUUGUUGUCGUUGCUGUUGCUGUCGUCGUUGUUGUUGCUGUCGUCGUUGUUGUUGUUGUUGUUGUUGCUGUUGUUGCUGUUGUUGUUGAUGCGAGUUUUUUUGCGUUGUUGAUGUUGUUGCUAUUUAUUGUUGUUGAUGUUGUCGCUGUUGUUAUUUUCUGUAGUCAAAUCUCUCAAUCUUAUUUAUUCACUAUCAGGGCCUAUCAGACAAAUUCGGGUGUCCAGGGCAACUUUUAUUUCGGGGCCCCUAUUUUUCCCAAAAAUGUUGGCGUAAAAACUCUUUGCUCUGACGGGCACUAAUUAUAGGGCUCUUUCCAUUAACACGGCCAGACCGGUCAGAACGGUCAAACUGUGGAAUGAAACACAAAACGUUUGAGCUUUGGACCUACUGUAUCUGACCGGAAAAUUUAGAUAACAUUAGAAUGAGGUCCAUUUUCGCUAGAUAUUUGAGAAACAUACGCCAGAUCUUUCCAUUGAUACAGAGACAAAAAUUCGGGUCUGACCGGACCCAGGCCAUUAAAUGGAAAGCGCCUUGAUUUCUAAGUCGUUUUAACUUUCAAUUACUGUAGAAUUUUCAUGUACAAUUUAUGCAGUUUUAACAUGCUCGCACGAUUACAAUGCAUUGUAUAAACUCCCAGAGGUAAUGAAGUUUGGGUGUUUACAACAGAAGGGUGAUUUCUAAAAAGUUACUUUUUUUGUAAUAAUGAAAAGAAUGAACAUUAUUUUCUCAUUGUGAGAACUGUAGGUUGACCAACAUCUGCUGCGCGAUAGUGCUUAGUGAAACAGUGGUGGAUCCAGCAAGGUUUUUUUAUCGGGGCGAGGCGAGCAGCCUACUGUCAUAAAAGCACAUCUGGUAGUUUCUUGCUUAGAAUUUUUUUUAUUUAUUUUUUAUUAACUUAACAAUCGCACGAUUGAUGGAAAGGACAACAGAACUAUUUGUUCCUGAUUAAGUCCCACGAAAAUUUACAGAUACGUUGAAUAAAUAUAAUUUAAUAAUUAUAGAUACCCGAUUAUGAAUAUAGAUGCCCGAUUCUCUUGAUAUACUGUGAUUGUGAAAGACAAAAUGGAAGUUUUUCACAUUGAAAUAUUUGAUUGCUUUUGUAAUUUUCAAAUACUUAUAAUGUUCGUGGCAAAAUCAAGAAUUUACUUUAUUUAAUCAAAGUGUAACUGCAAAAAUGAUUAAUAUUGCCUAUUGGACUUAGUAUUUUGAACUAGUGAUGUGGUACUGCCUUCAAUUCCAAAACUUAAGUUUGUACGAAGGCGCUGUUACACUAAGCAACUUGUCUCGGAACUUGUCUCACAAUGUUGACAAAAAAAGAUUUCAGCAUUGCAUUGCAAAUGAUGUUACACAAAUGAAUGUGUUCCAUGCAGCUUGCAAUGAUCAUUAUUAAAAAUAGUAUAAAAACCGCGAGUGCUAACGUUUGGCGCCAUAUUGUAUGUCAAAAACCAAUAGGAAGCCAUCCAGUGUAUAAACAUUGUGAGACUAAUUGCAAGAGGGAUGUUACUGUGCAAUGCUCUAGAAAUGCGUUGCCGCAAUCGUUGCAAAAAGUAGAACCUGAUUCUACUUCGUGCGCAAUGGUUGUUGCAACAAAAAUAUUGCGAGACUUGUUGAUUGCGAGGAAUGAUCAUAGAAAUACAAUAGACAUAUGAUCAUAGAAAAUUCUAUUGGGAUGAUACACCUUGCAAUUUCGCGUGCAAUUUGUGUCGCAACAAAAUUGCGAGACGAAUUGCGAGACAAAUUGCAUAGUGUAACAGCGCCUUAAGACUGACAACAAACUUUGAAUACCUCGCACAUUUAAAAGUAAGAUUUUGUUUAAUUUUUUGCACACCCCUUACAAUACAUGCACUCCCUCUAUAAAUCAACCACUGCAGUAAAAUCCACCUGAACAAUAUACAAUAAAUUAUUACUCUAUUUUCAACAGAUGCGAAAAGCUGUGAUAUUAAAAAAUGUUCCAAGAAUUCACAUUGCUACAAGAAUAAAAAUACCAUGUUGUG